CAUUAAGGGGAAAUCGUACUAAAGAUUUGUUUUGUAAAUAUGAACCAACUUAUUCACUAUCUAUAAACAAAUUUUGCUAAGUACAUACAAUAUACGUACAUAUGAUAUUUAUUUAAAAAUGUCUGGUAGGAUUUUCAAUCCCAAAUUAUAUAGCAAUGUUUACAAAAAACUUUUAGUGGAAGAGCUAGUUUUUAUUGAAAACUAUUUAGACUUUCAUUAUGGCAAUUGUGCAGUUAUUGGCAAAAUAUUUAAAGAUGAAUGUAGUUAUUUCUUAGAGAAUAUAAGAUUGUCCUGUCUUGGGAGAGAACAUGAAAUACCAGAAGGUUCAGUUAAAGUUCGUCUUUUAACAAAUUUGUAUGGAGAUUUUAUCCCAGAUAAAAAAACGGCAGAAGUGUAUGGAAAUGCAGUAUUUUAUAAUAUAAAUUCUCCAAAUGAAAAUCAAAUGCCAGUUACUCUACAAGAUAUUUAUUAUCAAUUUAAUAAAUUUUGUGAUACCAACGAAAUUGAAGUAGAAAAUUUAGAUGUAGAUAAUAUGAAAAAAAUAUUUAAUCAAAGUUUAUUAGAUAAAUAUGAACCAGCAAUUCAAAUUCGUUUUAUAAAUCUUUGUGACCAACCAGCGGAAUUAAUUGCUUAUAAUUUAGAAAUACGUCAUUUUAGUUGAGCUAUUUGGAUCU